UGGAGCUGGAAGAUGGCGCAGCUGUCGGUGCUGCUGCUGGUCGAGCUGGCCUUGCACGCGUCCGCCUUCCUGUGCGGGAUCAUCUGCGCCUCCGCCCUCACCGUCACCCAGGGAGAGUUUGGUGGCCAGUGUAUCUUGUACGGGUCGGUGGUCUACAACGGGACGUUGAAUCUCAACAGCUCCAGCUCUGUUUCCCUCUGCUACUUUGUCACAGCCAUCUCUGCCCUCGCGGCCAUUCUCUGCUUCCUGGCUCUCCUCUACGGCAUCUACAGCUGUUUAAUUGGCGAAGGAGAACCGCAGCAUAUCUGGGUCAAGGGGUCAGUGAUGCUUGUGGCUGUGGUCCUCUUCUUCCUGCUCAUCUCGGCCUGCAUCCUUCGGGUUGGGAUGGAUACCCUUUGUGCCUCCAUUCUGAAAUCUACAGCGGCACCGAGCUGCCAAGAAGCCCAGCAUCGACCCUGGGUCCCCCAAUACCGUGCUGAAAGGUUCUAUGAUAAUCUCUACACAGCAGAGGCAGCUGCUUGGGUGAACUUCUUCUUCUGGUUCAUAUUGCUGCUGCGCCUGAUCGUUGAGUGCUUCAGUAAAACCUCCUCUCGCAACGAUACACAGAACAGUGAAAGAACACCCAUCAUCGGGGAUGGAGCAUUCAUGCCUUGAUGAGGGCAAAGUGGGUGCCCCCGGAAAGAGGACACGGCAGAGUAAGAGGAGCCGUCACCACGCUAGAAUGUGGGCCGGCUCAGGAAUCUUCUCCCCACCUUCUGUUUCCAUGCACAACGGGAAGUAUCAGGUUGUUUUUCUUCCUUCGUGUGUUGAAGGGGAACAUCUGCUUUGUUUCCUAUGGACAAUACUACUUAAAUCAAGAGGUGCUGGGAUUUGAGCUUGCCAGAAAGGCGGCCUGGGGUGGGGGGAUGACAGAUGGAGCAGCACUCCACAUGUUCUGCCUCCCAUCUAUAAUAGCCUUUUCACCAUAUUACCCGCCGCCCUCCAUAGCCACUCCUAGUCUCCCUAGAAAAUGACCAGUUUCCAUUCCAUGAUAAAGAAAUGGAAUCUAGCAUGAUUCAAAAGACCGAUUAUGUUGGCUUAAGCCGAUUGUCCAGCAUUGAACCCUCACGACGACUUUUACAACCCACAUCUGCUCCUGGAGGUAAGCCCCAAUUAAUCCUACAGUGGUGGGUUCUCCUUGCAAAAAGCCCAGGGAUGCCAAAAUCAACAUGUGCUAACGUUAAGAGCAGCCCUGCUGGAUCGGACCCAUGUCCAUUGAGUCUGACAUCCGGUUCCCCAGUGUUGCCUCUCAGGAACUAAGACUUCCAGUACCGAGGCCUGGGGCUUAUCAGCAAAUCCUUCCUGCAUUCCACUGCCAAUUUCUCCAAAUUAAGGAAGGAAACGGGUCCUUCCCACAUAACACUGCCAAAGUUUCUCGUGCCUCAUUCUUGUCAAUCAAACACCUCUGCAUUUAAAUGAAUACAAGAGACUCUUUUCCCCAUUUGGUGUAAUGUCACUUUAUUAAGUGUGAUAGAGAAAUACUACUGGGGGAGGGGAAUGUAAAAAGCAGUAGGGGUUUGACACACGUCAGUGUUUUGUUCCAGCAAAUAAUAAAGAUGGGAUCAUCUUC